CAUGUCACGUGGCGGCAUCAAUGACGUCACGGAAGGUAAACUCAAGUCAAACAUUGGACAAAGUCAAACAGAACCAUGAGAACUUCCGUCAAUAUUUAACCAGAACGCUCCAAAGUCCGGUCAGCCCAGUGGGUCUGAGUCAGUCCGGACUAGAACCGCAGUCAUGCUGAGAUCCAGGACCUGGACCGGCACGGCUUACUGGGUCAGAACCUGGAGCCGCCGGAACCAUGGAGCAGCUGCGUCUCCCCGGCUGGACCUGAGCGGGAUCUACCCGCCCAUCGCCACCCCCUUCACCGCCCAGGAGGACGUGGACUACGACAAACUGGACCAGAACCUGCUCAAGUACGCCGAGAUGCCGUUUAAAGGUCUGGUGGUCCAGGGCUCCAACGGCGAGUACCCUUACCUGACGGAGGAGGAGCGCGUGGAGGUGGUGAGGAGGGUCCGCCGCUCGCUGCCCGCUGACAAACUGCUCCUGGCGGGGUCCGGCUGCGAAUCCAGCAGAGCCACGCUGCGGCUGACGGAGAAGAUGGCGGAGGCCGGCGCCGACGCCGCCCUGGUGGUGACGCCGUGCUUCUACAGGGGCAAGAUGGACAGCCACGCCCUCGUGCAACAUUUCACCAAGGUGGCGGACGGCAGUGCGGUGCCGGUGGUUCUGUACAGCGUCCCCGCCAACACGGGCCUGGAGCUUCCUGUGGACGCCGUGGUCCGCCUGGCCCAACAUCCCAACAUCGCCGGACUCAAAGACAGCGGCGGAGACAUCUCCCGCCUGGCCCUGAUGGUGCACAAAACCAAGUCUCAACACUUCCAGGUGCUGGCGGGCUCCGCCGGCUUCCUGAUGGCGGCCUACUGUGUGGGGGCAGUGGGCGGAGUCUGCGCGCUGGCCAACGUUCUGGGUCGGCAGGUGUGCGACUUGGAACGUCUGUGCAGGUCCGGACGCUGGGACGAGGCCCGGGAGCUGCAGGGGCGCCUCGUGGAGCCCAACGCCGCCGUGACCAGGAAGUUGGGAGUGCCCGCCCUCAAGCAGGCCAUGGACUGGUUCGGUUUCCACGGCGGCGUCUGUCGCUCGCCCCUCCAACCUCUGGACCGCGAGCAGACGGAGCAGCUGAGGCGGGACUUCUCGUCCAACGGGUGGAUGUGACGGCCUGCGGUUUAUCACAUUUAAUUCAUUAUCAUCGAGUUAUUUCCACGACAGGAAGCAGGUGGUGCCUCUCAGCCAAUCAGUGAAGAGCUCUAGCAGGAAAUAUAAUCAUUCUAAUAAUAAUCAAUGAGGCUUUUUGUCAUAAGUUUGGACAUUCCCGACAUUUUGUUAAAAUAAACGCGGGAUUUGACGAAUAAGAUCACAUUUUUAUGUUUAAAAAAAAAGAAGUGUGUUUUAUUGCUAAUUUCUCUACAGGAAUUAGUAAACUUAUCGAUUAAAUUUGACUCAUUUUGGA